AUGGCGAUGAAUAAGCAAGCUUUGCUCUUCGCACUUUUCUUUCUCCUUUAUUGUUUUCUCCGCCCUCCCAGCUGCGAAUGUACAACUACAGAAGAAAAGUACUACAUUGUUGGAGUGAAUACAUUUCUUAUUGAAGAGGGGAGGGAUUUAAAUGCCCCGACUAGGAGCCCAAGCGAGGCACUGGCGUUCCAAGAAGUAGGAAGUGAAGGGGCAGAUCUGCUCAUUACUCAUCUCAAUGUAGCCUCCAAUUCAAGUUGGAGGGAUGUGCUGACGCAAGGUCUUCAAAGGGAUAAGCAUCUUGUUAAUCGCAUCCUUACCCAUAAUGCUAGAUCCUCUCCUUUAGGGACAACUGCCUUCAGCACUCCCGUUACAUCCGGGAGGGAACUACAAGGUCCAGAAUAUACUGUAGCAGUUUCCAUUGGAACACCAGCUCUGACACAACUGAUGGGAAUUGAUACGCUCACUUCCUUAUCAUGGAUUCAGUGCAACCCCUACAAGGAUUGUUCUUCCAAUGCAAAGUUCCCCAUGGACACUAAUGGUCUCGCCCAAGGAUCCGAGGGAGAUUAUAUCACAGAGACCCUGCAGGUGGGGGACAAUACCUUGAACGAGUUACACAUGGGAUGCGCCUAUUGCUUCACUCCACGCAGGGAGUAUGCAACAUCCGGGCAUUUAGGAUUGGGCAGGGGACCCCUUUCUGUAGUUUCCCAGAAGGCGGGUGGCCAGUUCUCUUACUGUCUUCCCAAUUACUCGUCUGUGAAUGCCAAAGGAUCGCUGAGUUUAGGGAAGUAUUCAAUUCCAUCUUCUGUUAAAGUUUUCACGCCCAUGCAAAAUGAGCCCCAGUUUGCUACAAGUGCAUACAUCUUGGGACUGGAAGGUAUCAGCGUGGGAGGUCAACGCUUAAGCGUGAACAUGCAGGUUCCUGGUGCUCUGCCCACAAUAACUUAUAUUGACACAGCAAUAAUGGCUACCCAGCUGGUGAAACCUGUGUACGAUGCUUUGAGAUCAUCCUUCGAGGAAAAGAUGAAGACAUACGCGCCAGCUGUUCAGCCCGCCUCGCCAUUCGGAGAAUUUAAACCGUGCUACCAAUUAUCCAACAUAACAUCUGUCAAAAUCCCCACCGUUACUCUUCAUUUCAAAGGCAAUGCCAAUUUCGAUGUCCCCGCUGUGGGAACUCUUCUUCAAGUUGCGAGUGAUGUGGUGUGUUUCCCCUUUCAACAGUCUCCAAAUGACGCUGUGACCAUCAUUGGGAAUGUCCAGCAACAGGGUAUUACAGUGGCUUACGACAAUGUAAACAACAGAAUUGGCUUUGGCCCUGGUUCUUGCUGA